AUGCCUCACUCUGAAACUGAGGUGCCACCUUUGGCGGAGUCCUCAACGGAUCAACCGCAGAGUCUUCCCUUUCCUCCAGUCACUUACUCUCACAUCUUACACUGUUCUUACCAUGACUGGCAACCUCGCUACCGUACCCUCACACCGAAAUCGCGUUCGAUUUCUCUGACUGCACCAUUCACCGCCUACCUCCGCGCUGAUGGUAUCGUUUUGCCGCCAGAAAAUGUCAAAUCUACCGAUGACGACAAUUUAAACUCCUUUUCCGAUGAUGAGACCGAAGAAGAGCCCGAUCCAUCGAUCGAGUGGGGGGAAAUCCACACUCAGAUCAAGAAAACAAUUGAUGACCUCGGAGGCAUCGUAACCCCGAAGUUGAAUUGGAGCGCGCCCAAAGAUGCAACCUGGAUUGCCGCGACAAACGACCUUCAAUGCCGUACGCCAAAUGAUAUCUACCUGCUUCUGAAGAGCAGUGACUUUGUCAGCCAUGAUUUGGAGCUUCCCUUCGAUGAUUGUGUCCCGGAUACAUCGGAUUCUACGACCACCCCCGACGUUCCUUACCACCUCAUCCUUCGCAAAUACGUCAACUUCAAUCCUUCGCUCGAGUUCCGCUGCUUUGUGCGCAAUCGUGUGCUUCUCUGUAUUUGUCAGCGGGAUCUGAACCAUUUUGACUUCCUCUUCUCUUUACGCGAUGCCCUCAGGUCCCGGAUUCAGGCAUUUUUCGACGAGAAACUCAAGGAUACUUUUCCUGAUCCCAGCUUUGUCUUUGAUGUGUACAUCCCUUCUCCGCACCAACGUGUUUGGCUCAUUGAUAUCAAUCCAUGGGCUGUGAGGACGGAUCCAUUGCUAUACAGCUGGCUUGAGAUUUUGAAUAUGAAGGACCCAAUCGGAAUCCAGGAAGAGGAGGAUGGCGCAGAAGAGCAGUUUGUCCGAUUAACUCUCGACGGAAACCGGAUCACUGGUGUACAGACGGAAGCCGCUGAUGGCUCUGAAUCGACUGAUACGGAAGGCGAGGCCGCCGAUGAUCAUGAUGAGGAAGCACCGUUCUUCCCUGAAUUCCGCCUCGUAAAGCGUGAUGAUCCAGAAGCAUAUGCAUUUUCAACUCCACAAUACUCGGCACACAAAUUGCCUAAGGAAGUAGUUGAUGCCUCGAUCUCAGGACCGGGUGGCAUGAGUGAAUUCUUAGGCAAAUGGCAGGAUAUCCUAGCCAAACAAGCCCAAGAGUCGGAUACAGAUAGUGACGGAGAGCAAUGA